AUGCAGAUUCUAACCACAUUCCUCGUCGCUGCAAGCGCAGUGCGGGCGGUCCUGGUGACCUCCGGCUCGACCUGUUCCAGCAGCUGCGGCAAUGUCCUGGACAGAACGGCCGAGGACGAAAUGACCUGUUUGCAAGCCGACUACGAAAAAGGUACCGGCGCAGUAUUUAAGACUUGCCUCGAGUGCGAGAUGUACAGUGACUACUCGAACGGCGAGGAAUCGGACACCGCAGCGCUACUCUAUAAUAUGCGAUUUGCAAUCAAAAAUUGCCUAUUCGAGGCUGGAGUCAACCAAUGCAUAACAGAGGAAGCAUGCAAACCCUUCCAAGGCUCCGUAUUGUAUGAAAACUCCAACGUCACGGAUGGGGUACGAAAUUAUGAAUUCUGUGCCUCAUGGCCACUCUCGGAUACAAAACACUUGUCACAAUGCAAAAGUUGUCUGCUGGCCAGAGAUCAAGACUAUUUGGCCAACUUUUUUACGGUUCUCCAGGGCGCUUGUGAGCAGCAGCCCGAACUCUCGUAUACAGUUGCUAUCGAGGGUGAUAUCUUCUCCACGACCAUGGUCAAUGUCACAUCCCCAACACCCAAGGCGUCGAUUGAUCCAGCAUGGUUUGACGAUGGGCCAUUGGAUCUCAACGCGAAGGCAGGCAUCGCUGCCGCCGGCUUUGUGUUUAUCCUGAUCAUCAUUGGCUUUUGUAUCAUUUGGCGAGGCAGGCGAAGACGAAGGGCCUUCCUGCGCGACUACGAGACCAAGUUCAAGCGUAAGAACUGGCCUGCACCUCUGCAGACACAAAACAUGCAGGAGACGACUGACACCCCGUUGAGCCAGCGGCCGCUCAAGUUCUGGGAUGACUCUCCAGCAUCGGAAGAACAGGCUUUCCCUCGCUACUUUUCACCGUACUCCUCACAGUUCAGCAGCCCUGUGAGUGGGACCGACGCGCAACCCCAGAAUCAUCAAUGGCCUCAGGCGCAGACUACGUCUGUGACUCCACGCAGCAUAGGGCUGGCAUUCGCAGGGGACUCGCCUGUGUACGGCGACUCCAAGGGCAAACAACCAGAGGAGGCAUAUGAGAUGCAUCAUGUGGAUAGCAGGCACAACAACAACAAAUCAAAUCUCAGUAGUGAGGUCGGUGGCUACGGCUUUCCGGCGGAGGCAACAAUCCCCUCCACGGAUCAACAACAAAUACACAACUCACAUGGGAGACGGUACAGCGGGUCUUACCGGAAUUUCUCAGGAAACAGGGGGGUACAGAUAUAG